GAGAGACCAACCCUAGGGACCGGCCCGCGGGUAAAAAGUUUGUUUGUGCGCGCGAGCCGGCUAUCACAGAGCAGCUAGAGUGCCGGCCGAGCUCCCGGGGCAGGGGGCGCUCAGAGAGGUCCGGGCAGCCGGGACCCCGAGAUGAGGGCGGCCGCCGCGGGGACCGCCGCCAGCUUGCUCUGCUUCCUGGGCCUGAGCCAGUGGGGCUGGCCCGCCGAUGCGGCCGCUUGCCAUGGGUGUUCAUCUGGACCCAAGUGUGACUGUAGUGGAGUAAAAGGAGAGAAGGGAGAGAGAGGACUUCCAGGUCUGGACGGCCAUCCAGGUUUACCUGGAUUUCCUGGAGCAGAAGGGCCUCCUGGGCCUCCAGGCCAAAAGGGUGAUGACGGUGCUCCUGGGCCAGCGGGCCCCAAGGGAAUCAGGGGGCCCCCUGGACUUCCUGGAUUCCCAGGUACACCAGGUCUUCCUGGAAUGCCAGGCCAUGAUGGGGCCCCAGGACCUCAGGGCAUCCCAGGGUGCAAUGGGACAAAGGGAGAACGUGGAUUCCCAGGCGUUUCCGGUGCACCCGGUUUACUAGGUCGCCCAGGUCCUCCUGGGGCGCCAGGGAGGAAGGGGCAACCAGGGAGUAUAAUUCUGUCCGUGCUGCCGGGCCCAAAGGGGGACCCAGGUGAUCCAGGGCUCCCAGGAAGACAAGGUCCAGCUGGUGCAACAGGAAACCCAGGGCCCCUUGGUUCCCCUGGCAUGCCAGGUUGGAUGGGGCCGCCUGGGCCACCAGGCAUUCAAGGACCAAAGGGGAAUAUGGGCUUGAAUUUCCAGGGACCCAAAGGUGAAAAGGGUGAGCAAGGGCUGCAGGGCCCACCUGGACCCCCGGGACAGCUUGGAGAACUGAAAGGAUCAAAUGAUACAGAGCUACUGAAAGGAGAUCAGGGUGUUCCUGGUGACCAAGGCUCACCUGGACCUCCUGGGCUCCAUGGGCCUCCUGGUCGUCCUGGUGGUGAGAAGGGUGAGAAGGGCCGACAAGGAGAGCCAGGCCAGAAGGGUAAGGCAGGCAGAGAUGGAGACGGUGGCCUCCCGGGCAUUCGAGGCAUGCCUGGUGAUCCUGGGAGUCCUGGUAAACCUGGAAGGGCUGGAGAAAAGGGUCAGAAAGGUGAUGUUGGCCCCACUGGCCCUCCUGGACUUGUAAUUCCUUGGCGUGGGACUGGUGAGAAAGGGGAUUUGGGUUCCCCCGGUUUGCCUGGAGAGAAAGGAGAGCAAGGAUUCCCUGGGGUACCAGGUCCACCUGGUCUUCCUGGGUCUCCAGGGACCACUGUCACAGGCCCUCCUGGACCCCCUGGCUUUCCUGGGGAAAGGGGCCAGAAGGGAGCUCAAGGUCUGCCUGGGACUGCCAUGCCUGGACAGCCUGGACUUGAUGGACUGCCUGGGGCUCCUGGACCCCCAGGGACUCCUGGCAAACCAGGACCUCACAUCCCUUCUAAUGGUGAGAUAUGUGAAAAGGGACCCCAGGGCCCACCAGGAUCUCCAGGAGACAGAGGAAUCCCAGGAGAGCAAGGAAUGAAAGGUGACAAGGGAGAUACCUGCCUCAACUGUAUUGAAAUGGGCCUUGCUGGACCUCCAGGGCAGCCUGGGCUACCAGGACCUCCAGGCCUUACAGGAGCUCGUGGCUUCCCUGGGCCGAACGGAGUGAAAGGGUAUGUUGGUGCUACUGGUCCUGUAGGCUCCCCAGGCCUUCCAGGAGCUCCAGGUACCCCGGGAUUGCCAGGUCCAAAAGGAAAUCCAGGGCACACCCUCACUUUCCCAGAAAUGAAGGGUGACAAAGGAGACACCGGAUUCCCUGGGGCUCCAGGGAUUCCUGGACUGUCUGGCACUCCAGGACAAGAUGGAUUGCCUGGUCCUCCUGGCAUCAAGGGAAAAGCUGGUGGCUUUGCUUUGAAAGGUGAAAGGGGUCUCCCUGGGAAGCCAGGUUUGCCAGGACUCCCUGGGAACAGAGGACCCGUGGGUCCUCCUGGUAUGGGCCCACCAGGCCCUGUGGGUGAAAAAGGUUUCCUAGGCAUGGCAGGAAAUCCAGGGCCCCCAGGAGUCUCAGGUACCAAAGGUGAUCCAGGUCCGACUCUAUCCCAACCAGGGCCACCCGGCUUGCCUGGCCUACCCGGCAGAGAUGGUGAUGUGGGUCUUCCAGGUGAUCCAGGGCUUCCGGGCAUGCCAGGCUUGCCAGGAAUCCCUGGUAGUAAAGGGGAACCAGGUAGCACUGGCAUUGGUCUUCCCGGACUACCAGGCCCCAAAGGUUACCAAGGAAUGCCGGGGCCUCGGGGACACCCUGGAACACCUGGAAGACAUGGCCUACAAGGCCCUUCUGGGCAUCCUGGCUUUCCAGGACCAAAGGGAGAGCCAGGGGUUGGCCUGCCUGGGCCACCUGGGCUUCAGGGACUCCCAGGUCUCAAAGGAACACCUGGUCCAAGAGGCAGCACUGGUUUCCCAGGACCCUCAGGCACUCCAGGGCUCCCUGGCUUGGAUGGGCUGGCUGGACCAAAAGGUGAUCCUGGACCAGUUGGAAGGCCUGGAUUUAUGGGUCCUAGGGGGCCACCAGGGAUCGGCCGUCAGGGGCGUCCGGGUCCACCAGGGAUUCCUGGCCCUCUAGGCCAACCAGGCUUGCCAGGAGACCCAGGCAGAAAGGGUGACCCAGGACCCCCUGGCUUUGAUGUCCCAGGGCCUCCUGGGGAGAGAGGCCAUCAAGGCAACCCUGGAACACCUGGUGUCGUGGGGCCUCCGGGUUUCCCAGGGUCCCCAGGACGAGAUGGUGCCCCUGGGCUUUCAGGAACCAAAGGUGAAAUGGGGAAGCUGGGGCCUCCAGGACCACCAGGACCUUUAGGAAUUCCCGGCAGGAAUGGUGUUCCUGGCUUUAAAGGUGAUGGUGGUCUGCCGGGUCAGGCGGGAUUUCCAGGUCCCGUGGGACAAAAAGGUGGAAGGGGCGAGCCUGGGAUGCCGGGUCCCCCUGGACAAGUGGAUCCAAACUGUCCGACAAUAAAGGGGGAGAAAGGAGAACCGGGCUUACCAGGCAUUCCUGGUGUGUUGGGUCCAAGAGGUCCCCAAGGUAUUCCUGGAGACCCAGGACAACCUGGGCUGACUGGACAGCCAGGUUCCCCUGGACCAUUGGGACCCAAGGGAAACCGAGGCCUUCCGGGCUUACCAGGUCCAGUAGGACCUCCUGGAUUAAAGGGACGAACAGGAGAUAUGGGAUUUCCAGGUCUCCAAGGCGUGGAAGGGGCUCCAGGAAUGCCUGGAGUUGACGGCCAGCCUGGCUCGCCAGGAUUUCUUGGACAAAAUGGAGAGAAAGGAGCCCCGGGCAUUGCAGGAAUCGGUCCCCCGGGUCCCCCAGGUCCUAAGGUACAGUCUUGCAAGUGGGAACGGGUGGGAUUUUUCUCCUACCUUCUGAUCAUUAUUGCUUCUUGUUUAAACCACCUAAAUAGUACAAUUGCAUUUCUAGGCUGGGCUGUAAAGAUCCUUUCCUUCUCGGUAGUUGGCAGUCUGAACGGGAAGAGGAAAGAAAAUGCUUAUUUGAUUCUCCAUCUCAUUUCCACAGGUACUACAGGCCUUCCUGGACCCAAAGGUCUGGACGGCCCACCUGGAAGCCCUGGUAUCCCAGGACAACCCGGUCCUGUAGGCAUUCAGGGCCAUCCUGGUCUCCCAGGAUCUCCAGGAGAGAAAGGAAAGCCUGGUCAAGAUGGGAUUCCUGGGCCAUCUGGGCAGAAAGGUGAACCAGGUCAACCAGGAUUUGGAUUCCCAGGACCCCCCGGGAUGCCAGGAUUUCCUGGGGAGAAGGGUGAUGAAGGCUCGCCAGGCCCUGCAGGAAACCCUGGCCCUCAAGGCCAAAAGGGUGUACAGGGCUUUCCUGGCUUCCCUGGCAUACAAGGGCCCCACGGUCUUCCCGGCUCUCCAGGUCGAAAUCAAGAAGGUCCUAAAGGGAACCCUGGGCCCCAAGGUCUUCCUGGGAGACCAGGGCCUAGAGGUCCCUGGGGUGUUCCAGGAAAUGGACGAGUUCAAGGAAGGAGGGGAGACCCAGGCCCACCUGGGAAGCCUGGUUUGCCUGGUUUCAAAGGAGAUCAGGGCCCACCUGGGCCCCAGGGCGAUCCUGGCCAACCAGGGCUCAUUGGAAUGAAGGGCAAUCCUGGCAUCCAAGGCAUCCCAGGAUUCCAAGGUAUGAAGGGACCUGAUGGUGCACCUGGUUCACCUGGCCCUGCAGGGGAUCCUGGCUCGAGAGGGCCUCCAGGUCCCCCUGGUUUUCCUGGUCCCUCUGGACAGGAUAUUAUCGUCAAAGGUGAUAUUGGGCCUCCAGGAGCACCGGGUCAGCCAGGAUUGAAAGGGCUCCCAGGGCUCCCAGGACCCCAAGGCUUCCCAGGUCCAACUGGCCCUCCAGGAGACCCUGGACAGAAUGGACACCUCGGUGUUAAUGGCCCAGUAGGCCACAAAGGAGACCCAGGCCCAUCAGGCCAACCAGGUAGCCGGGGAGUGGAUGGUUCCCCAGGACCAGAUGGCUUGCCAGGCCUACCAGGUCCCCCAGGAAUCUUGUCUCUCGCCCAUGGAUUUCUCAUCACUCGUCACAGCCAGACCACAGAGAUACCACAAUGCCCUGGAGGAACUGUCCAGAUCUACAGAGGGUUUUCUCUCCUUUAUGUGCAAGGAAAUGAGAGGGCCCAUGGCCAAGACUUGGGGACAUCUGGCAGCUGCCUCCACCGCUUCAGCACCAUGCCUUUCAUGUUCUGUAACAUCAACAAUGUCUGCAACUUUGCAUCGAGAAAUGACUACUCCUACUGGCUGUCCACUCCCAAGCCUGUGCCAAUGAACAUGGAACCACUGAAGGGACAAGGCAUCUUACCAUUCAUCAGUCGGUGCGCAGUAUGUGAAGCCCCAGCAACGGUGAUUGCAAUUCACAGUCAGACUAUUCAGAUCCCCCAGUGCCCACGGGGCUGGGACUCCCUCUGGAUUGGUUAUUCCUUUAUGAUGCACAUGAGUGCUGGUGCAGAGGCCUCUGGCCAGGCCCUGGCUUCUCCUGGUUCCUGUUUAGAAGAAUUCCGUUCAGCCCCUUUCAUCGAAUGCCAUGGACGGGGAACAUGCAACUACUAUGCCAACUCCUACAGCUUCUGGCUGGCCACCGUGGAGGCAUCAGACAUGUUCAGUAAACCCCAACCAGAGACACUCAAAACAGGAGACUUGGGGACACGCAUUAGCCGAUGUCAAGUUUGUAUGAAGAGGACGUAAAAUCUUGGCAAUGUGGAGGGAGGAAGAUGAAGAUUUGUGCAAAUGGAAAAUUGCCAGGGUGCUCUGUUCCUGCCUCACCAAUGGUGCUACUGUACACAGCCAAAAAGAAGGCUCCAGACUGUUAUCCAUCCAGGUCCAGAUGUACCUCUCCAAAAUGCCAAAACUAGCCUUCUCCCCUGCACAUUUGACAAAAGGAACAAAGAACGGACCUCUCAAACCCGGAGAAAAUACAAAAAUACACAAACUAAACCGGCCCCUUUUUUAAAUCAGUUAAGACAAGAACCACACUGAGUACGUUUAAAGUAACAAGACUGUAGUUUUGAGGGGGAAACACCCCCCCAACGUUUUUCAUGGUGCUACUAACAGUCCUAUAUCCCAAGUUAUUAAUAUUAAAAUGGUAAGCUUAUUUCUCUGCACAAGUAAGGACUAUGUGUAUUGUGUUCAAACUGUCAAGUCAUUUAGAUGUGAAGCCAGCAGACGGUGCCUAAUCCUACGCAGAGGCGAGAGGUUCUAGCGGUGUUUGUGGCAUCAAGUGACUGGAUUGUCAGUUGCACUGUAGUUUUCCCAUUCCCCUACCCCCUUCUGAUAUGACUUCCUUUUAGAAAUAGAUGAUUUGGGUAAUUACUUUCAUCAGUAUUUUAAAUGUUCAUCUAAUGUAUAAUGUGUCUGAAGAUGCCUGCUACCUUGCUGUGUGUUUGCAGAAUGUUCAGGAAAAUGGAAUGAUUUCUUCUCCUGGGUCCAAAGCCCUGUUUCAAUACCCCUAAUGGCAAAGAUUUGUUCCUUCUGGGCUGGAUGGAGUCCCACCCCCCAAAAAAAUUAUUCUUUUUUCCUUUGCUUUCCACCAUAGAGUCUCUCUCUUCUGGUCUCUGUUGAACAGAAGCUGAAAGGGUAGCACUUACCUCACAUGCUGUUACUUACUAUUAUGAUUUUAAACACAAUUCCAAAUAAAGAGCCAUGAUAUA